UAUGUUUCAUCGGUGUUUAAACGGAGAACAGUCUCACCUCUCUGUUCUGGACGUGAGAUUGGCCCUUCUAGAUUCGUUUCUUUGGUUCACCAGUGGGUUUACAUGUAAGCCAUGAAUCGGUCUUGUUUUUGCGGCAAAGAAGAGGACCCAAAUUAUCCUCUCAUGCUCCAUUGUCUCCGAUCAUGAGAACACGCCUUUCUGUUCUGUAAAAAGUGGCCGCACACUACCCUGCAGGGACUGAGCAGCUUCCUCUGAUAGAAGCGGUUCCUAGACAUGAGGGCAUGGAACCACUUCCUCCACCGUCUGAUCAAAAGUAAUUGUGGGGAGCUAGCGAUUAAGGUUCUCUUUUGCCUGAUUGGACGCGGUUAUCGUCCGCACAUCUCUUCGUGUAACGCCGUCGUUUCCCACCUCUGCAAGCUGGGUCAUGUAGCGUAUUCCGAGCAGUUUGUGAAGCUCAUGAUGCGACUCCGGUGUUACCCUGAUGUGUUCACGUACAAUUCAUUAAUCGAUGGGAAUUGCAGGUUAGGAAAGUUAAAGAGUGCUUGUUCAUUGCUCAAAAGAAUGAGAACGGUGGGAUGCAGUUUCGAUCGAGUUACAUUGAAUACUUUGGUUAAUGGGUACUGCAAAAACGGAUUGCUGAGGGAAGCAUUUGCUUUUCUUGGUUUAAUGUGGAAAUGUUACAGGCCAAACGUGAUCACGUAUAGUACGUUUGUUGAUUCACUUUGUAAAAGUGGUAGACUGGACGAUGCUUAUGAUGUGUUUGAUGUGAUGACCAUGGAAGGAAUUUCGCCGAAUUUGAUUACUUUUACUUGUUUGAUUGAUGGUUGCUGUAAAGAUGAUCGAUUCGAUGCUGCUUUUGAUCUGUUUGAAGAUAUGUCGAAGACGUCAGUGAUACCGAACGUCGUCGUUUAUAGUGCAGUAGUUGAUGGUUUGUGCAAGAAAGGGCUGGUGGAAAGAGCAGCUGAUGUGUUUGAGAAAAUGUUGGCUAAUGGAGUGCAGCCUAAUACCUUUAUACUCACUUCGCUGGUCGAUGGUUUCUUCAAGACAGACAAGGUGGAUGCUGGGCUGAAAUGGUUUGAUAGAGGUGUUAAGGAAGGGAUUGAACUUGACGUUGCUGCAUAUGGUGCAGUUGUGUGCGGACUUUGUGCGCAUGGAAAGUUGGAGAAGGCACUAGAAUUCGUUGGUGAGAUGAAGAAGAGAAGAAUGAAAUGUGACAGGAUUAUUUUUACAGCUCUUAUUGAUGCAUACAUGAAACAGGGAAAUUUAAGGUUUGCUUUUGAUGUCCAGGAGGAUAUGGUUGCUAGUGGCAUUGAACCUGACAUUGUCACAUUAUCAGCGCUCAUAGAUGGCCUGUGCAAACAUGGCCAACUAGAUGAGGCAAGACGAUGGUUUCAUAAGGUGAAGAGUUUAUACCCAUCAGCAAAUAAAAUUAGUUAUACCAUUUUCAUGGAUGGGUUGUGCAAGGAAGGACAUCUAAAAGAGGCCGAAUUCAUAUUCAUGGAAAUGGUGGAAAAUGGUAUUGUUCCAGACAAGUUUGUCUACACAUCGUGGAUAGCUGGUCUCUGCAGACAGGGGAAUGUUGUGGAGGCUUUCAAACUGAAGAACACGAUGACCCGGCAAGGAUGUGAACCAGAUCUGUUCACGUAUAAUUCUCUUGUAUGGUGUUUGGCUAAAAAAGGAUUGAUGAUCGAGGCAAAGCAGGUUUUCGAUGAUAUGCUACAUAGAGGCAUCAAACCUGACCGUGUUGUUUAUACUGUUUUAAUUGAAGGGUAUCUUAAGCAGGAGGACAUGGCUGCAGUUUCUAGCUUGCAGGAGGAGAUGAGAAAUAUAAAGAUGCUGCCUGGUGCAGUUAAAGAUGCUUGUGGAUAGUAGCCAUGUUUUUGGCCAUCCGGUAACGACUUCUGAUUCAUAAAGGAUUCGAGAUCCUGAAAAAGGAAGCACCUUUCCUGACUUCAUGGGUUUAAACUAAGUGACGUGCAGAAUACGUGUAAACUUGCAUUCAUAUAUCAAGCCUGGUUCUGCUCUCCCCUGAUGUACCUUGUUGCUGCUAACUGACAAACAACAACAGGGGAUUGUUGUAAAUUGUAGUUAAUACAUGCAGGAGCUUGACAAAGCCAUCUCUUAUACGACAGGUCUUCCAUGAAUUGGAUAAGCAUUAAAACUCCAUGGAGCCCACUGAUUUUUGUGGUAAUGACACAGUGACUGAUUAAUUAGGUAUCAUCUGCAAACAAUCUACUGCAAAUGCAUGAAAGAGGACAAAGAGGUUGCACUUGGUUGCGUGACAUUCAGAUUAAAGUACCAAAAAGUUCAUACGAAUCAAAUCUAGGAAGGCACCAUAUGGUUAUCUUUGACUACGCUUGUAACUGUCUGGUGCCUAGUGCAGUCGAUUUCCUCUCCUUUGCUUUUAUCUCUUUCUAACAAACUCAGCAAAAACUUGUAGUGGUCAGUUUGUCAAAUUAUUCUGUCGUGUUUGGGAGGUGCAAGCUCUCUCUCUCUCUCUCUCUCUCUCUCACCACACAUUCUUCUUUUUAUUUUUAACUGGAUGUUGAGCUCCGGAUGUUGACUGGUGACAAUCCUUUUCAAUUUAAUUAAUUUGUUGAA